AAGCGAAUGUGCAAAUUCAUAAAUACUGUAUAAAAACUUCCAUUUUCCGUCACAUAAAUUUCUUCGCUAACUGAGGAUUUACUGCUCAACGAAAAUCCAGAGAAUUCAAUUCAAUUACUAUUCCACCUUCACACCUCACUCUUCUUCGGAGCUUCAUCACUGACGUCACGAUAUGUCAUCCGCAGCGCCGUCGCCGGUUGUGGCUCCAGCGGUGACCGAGAAUCCUGCGGUGCAGAUAAGCAAGGGAAUCAACGGCCUCGACAAGGUCGUCCUCCGCGACUUUCGCGGCAGCUCCGUCGAGGUAUAUCUUUAUGGUGCUCAUGUAACAUCUUGGAAGAACGAGCAUGGAGAAGAGUUGCUUUUUGUUAGUAGUAAGGCCAUCUUCAAACCUCCAAAGGCGAUUCGUGGAGGCAUCCCUAUAUGCUUCCCGCAGUUCUCUAACCUUGGACCACUUGAGGCUCAUGGAUUUGCUAGGAACAGGUUCUGGUCCAUUGAUCCUUCUCCACCUCCAUUCCCUGUCAAUUCUUCCAACAAGACAUAUGUAGACUUACUUCUGAAGAGCACUGAAGAGGACAUGAAAAUCUGGCCUCAUAGUUUUGAGUUUCGCCUACGGGUAACUCUGGGACCUGCUGGAGAUCUGAUGUUGACUUCCCGCAUUAGAAACACCAACCCUGAUGGAAAACCUUUCACAUUCACAUUUGCCUAUCAUACUUACUUCUCUGUUUCUGAUAUCAGUGAAGUACGUGUUGAAGGAUUGGAGACGCUGGAUUAUCUGGAUAAUUUGCAAAACAGACAGCGAUUUACUGAACAAGGGGAUGCAAUCACUUUUGAGUCAGAAGUUGACAAAAUAUAUCUGAGCACACCUACAAAGAUUGCAAUUUUGGACCACGAGAAGAAGCGAACUUUUGUUAUUCGUAAAGAUGGUCUUUCUGAUGCUGUUGUCUGGAACCCUUGGGAUAAGAAGGCAAAAUCAAUGGUUGACUUUGGAGAUGAUGAAUAUAAGCAUAUGCUGUGCAUUGAGGCAGCUGCAAUCGAGAAACCUAUCACUUUGAAGCCUGGUGAAGAGUGGAAAGGAAGGCAAGAACUUUCUGCUGUGCCUUCAAGUUAUUGCAGUGGGCAGCUUGACCCUCGAAGAGUCCUCCAAGGCAGCUAAAAGUUCUAAUAUGCUUAUGUACAGGUGCUUGACCGGAAGGUAUAAGGUGCCAUCGAUAUCUGUUCAAGACCUCUUUUAUCGUCUUGUCCUUAAUACAGUAAUCUAUCUGAUUUUAUCACUUGAUAAACUGGGACUGUUUGGGCAUAUACUUGUCAAGUAAAAACUAUCGUUUUCGCUGGGCAUGCGAAGCCAUAUCAAAUGUAAUCAAGAAGCAUGCCUACAUAAAACCAGAUGAUUUUGAGUGUUGAAAUGAUUCUUUGCUAAAGUUAUAUACAAACGAAUCCUCUAGGUAUUGAUUUAA